AUGGAGGCGACUGGUCGGCCACAGUCGGAGGCGUGGGCGUGUAUUUUGGAUCAAGAAAUGGUAGAUCGAAGUGCGCUAUUCAACAAUUUACGUGUCUCGCAGUCUUCAAAUUAUUUGCGGUGGGAGGGGCCAAUCCACCCAAGGAUUUCCAUCAAGUCCUUCCUCGCAUAUCACUGGUCAUGGGCAAGAAAUAGCUCCUAUGCCAUACGAAGUAGCCUACAAGUCGAGGUUUCGAGGAAGAACCUUCAGGGUUGGAGUCGACUCCGGAGUCAGGACACCGAUGCAGCCAAACUAGCGCGCGUUGCCCAGCAAGGAGUGAGAUACGAACCAUCUGUAAAGCUUCAAUCUGGACCGUUUCAAGCCUCUAAACCAACAGUUUGUACCAUCGGGAGCCUCGAUCGCAAGCUUGUUGAUGAGGAGUUCUUGUCCCUUCUCGGCCAACGUUACAUUUCUACGGAGCACGGAACGAGGACCAAGUGCAGAAAACGCAGAGUCAGGAGAACCAUGUUUGGAAAGCUUGCCCUCAAGAGACGCAUCGGCGACUGGGACUGGAAAACCGAUCCCUCAUGGCUUAAGUCUAGUCGGGCUUCUGCCGGUCCCAAGAGACCUUCAACAAAAGUCGAACCAAAGCUUUGCCUCGCUCUCAAUUUCCGCACCCCGUCUUCACCGCCGCGGCAUUCAGAGCGCACCACGUCGCCGCAGCGUCGUUUGUAUUCUUUCGCGUCUUUGUCUACGACAGGUGUCCAGUACCGCCGGCCCUUUUUGAGGACGUUGGAAGAUAGAGGGAAGAGACAGGAGGCACUGGACGGCGGAGAGGAAGAACCGACGGAGAAGCUGACGGCGAUGGGAGCUGCAGCUGGGGUGGUUGAUGGCACGCUUCACCCCCAAGUCUGA